UGAUACUUUAUUUAUCGAAAAAUAUCGAUAUUCGUCAUACUUCUAAUAACGUAAAAAAGGUUAUGAAAUUAUUUUCUUUUCGUUUAAUUUCUAAUGAAAAAUCCAUUUGUGAUAUUUAAGCUUUUAAAGAAUAAAUAUUAAUAAACAUAAAAAGAUGAAAGUUUGGAAAGAAUCAGCAAGUUUGAUUUUAACCGCACGACAGAGACAAAAGUAUAAUCGGGCUUUACCAUCUUUAGUCUUUCAGUAUAAUUAUAAAUUACUAUGCUUGAAACGUCAUCGAAAUUCGAGUUUUUAUCCUGGAUCGUAUGUAUUUCCUGGAGGAGUCACACAUCCAGCUGAUGCAGAUUUAAAAUGGCACAAGUUAUUUCGUACCUUUGGUUUUGAUACCAACAGCUUUAAUUCCCUUUUUCCUAAUACUAAUUUACGUCCACAAAUAUUUCAAUCAAAAUCAAACGAAUUGCCAAAAGAGAUCUCUCUUCGUAUCACUGCAAUUCGUGAAACAUUUGAAGAAUGUGGUAUUUUACUUUGUAAACAAGUUAAAAGAGAUGGUAUUCUUUCUAAUUGGGCUCAUACUCUACCAAUUUCCAAAGAGGAUGUACAAAAUUGGCAAUCCAAAGUACAUGAUGAUGCUACAGAAUUCUAUACAAUGUGCGAAAAAUUAAAGUGUUAUCCAGAUUUAUGGUCUUUACACGAAUGGAGCAAUUGGUUAACCCCAACAUAUUUUACUACAAAACGUUAUGAUACUAUUUUCUAUAUAGCUUGUAUGCCAUUGAUGCCAUAUUACAAUUAUGAAACUAUUGAAAUGGAAGAUGUAAAAUGGGAUACACCAAACAAUAUAUGUGCAGCUACAGAUAUGAUGAUGGCUCCGCCACAGCAUUAUGAAAUUUCAAGAAUUGUCAAGUUUGAGUGCUUGGAAAAUUUAUUAGAUUUUGCAAUAGAGAGGAGUAAACUUGGAGUAGAAUUAUAUUUACCGAUCAGGGUAUUGUUAAAAGAUGGAAAGAUGCAUGUCUUACCAGGAGAUUGUAUGUAUCCUAAAAAUCCAAGUUUAACAGAAAAACAAAUAAUCGAUAAAACAAAUAUGACAAUUGCCGAAUUCGAAGAAAUAUCAACCAUAAAGAACAGAAUUAUAUUUUUUGAUCUUGAAGUUAAGAAGGUUAUAGUUCAUAAUUUCGAUAGUACGGAGGGUCAUAUAGCACCAAUGCCCGUCGAAGUUGUUUAUAUUAAAUCUUUGAAUAAAAAAUAACAAAAUGUUUUCUAAAUGUAACAUUUUAUCUAUUCUGUAUAAUUUUGCUUAAAAAAAAAAUAUAUAUAUAUAUAUAUG